AUGUUCUAUCAGGCCAUGGAGGCCCAGAGGGUUGCUCGCAAUUACGCAAAGUCGGCUAAGCGAAGUCUUCGCCAAAUUGAGUCUUUGAAGCAGGACAUCGUUGGCCAUGCCAACAACAGUGCAGUUGCCGCUGUCUUCAAUCAGAAGCUGAGUGCUGGCGCAGGCCCUCCAAGUGGCAUUGCCCCAAUUGGUGCGAAGAGUGUCAAGCGUGGGAGCCAGGCAAAGUUUGGAAGCGGAGACUUCCCAAUUGGGGCCUUUUCAUGCCGCACAGUGACUAUGCUUCCAGCUGACGAUGAUGGCACUUGCCUGGAAGAAGCAACAACCUUGGUGCCUGAAACUUUCUGUGAGCACCCCGCUACAGAACUUCCAGAAGAUGAUGAUGCCGCCAAUGAUGGGGGCGAAAUUCAAGAUUAUGGCAAACUUCCAUGGGAAGAUGCAGACUGGCAGCGAUUGCAUGAAAGUGUCUCCGAUGAGGAAUUCAUGGAAUUUCUCACGGCUCUCGAGGAGCCACACCCGGAACCGGGCGCGAAGAAGUCUCGAACAACUUGA